CGAAGUAACUAACAGUCUUCCAAGUAACGAGAUGGAGGAGACUCAGACAGAGACGAGGACUCUGCUAAUUGGCACGAAGGAACUGGUAGCCGACGGCGGCGACUACGCUCCGGUGAGAAGUUAUGAGGCGUUGAAGCACGUAAUUUGGAUUGAGAGCGUCAAAAUAUGGAAGAUUGCUGCUCCCAUUAUUAUCAACAUCCUCUGUGUGUUCAGCAUCAACUCCGUCACCUCCAUCUUCGCCGGCCACCUCGGCAACCUCGAGCUUUCCGCCGUCGCCAUCUCCCUCUCCGUCAUAGCCACCUUCGCUUUCGGCUUCAUGUUUGGCAUGGGAAGUGCAUUGGAAACACUGUGUGGGCAAGCGUUUGGAGCAGGGCAGGUACACAUGCUGGGAGUGUACACACAACGCUCAUGCAUAAUCCUAUUUACAUCUUGCAUCAUUCUCUCCCCAAUUUACAUCUUCGCUUCUCCAAUUCUAAAGCUUCUCGGCCAAGAAGAUGAAAUCGCCGAUCUCGCCGGCGAGUUCACACUUCUUACAAUGCCAUAUCUUUUCUCUCUUGCCUUCACUUUUCCCACCCAGAAGUUCCUCCAAGCUCAGAGCAAGGUCUAUGUACUGACAUGCAUUGGGUUAGUAGCUUUGGUCUUUCACGUUCUGUUGCUCUGGCUCUUCAUUUACCUGCUGGAUUGGGGAAUCACUGGGCUCGCUGUCGCAUUCGAUAUCUCGAAUUGGUUAAUUGCUUUGUCUCAGAUUGUUUAUGUUGUGGGAUGGUGUAAGGAAGGGUGGCAUGGAUUCUCAAUGUUGGCUUUUAAGGAUAUUUGGGCUUUUGUGAGGUUGUCUCUUUCAUCUGCUGUCAUGCUUUGCCUUGAGAUUUGGUAUUUGAUGGCCCUCACUGUUCUUACUGGUCACCUUGAGAAUGCAGUUAUUGCUGUUGAUUCCCUUUCUAUUUGCAUGUACUUCAAUGGGUGGGAGGCUAUGAUAUUUAUUGGACUCAAUGCAGCAAUCAGUGUUCGAGUUUCAAAUGAACUUGGGAUGGGGCAUCCCAGAGCAGCAAAAUACUCAGUCUAUGUGACUGUAUCUGAGUCUCUUAUGCUUGGGAUUCUUUUCUUGGUUGGCAUAUUGAUAGCCAGAAAGUACAUAGCCUUAGUUUUCACUACCAGCAAGAUUCUUCAAGAAGCUGUUGCUAGCCUCGCUUACUUACUUGCCAUAACUAUGGUUCUUAAUAGUGUUCAACCAGUGAUCUCAGGGGUUGCUGUGGGAGCAGGAUGGCAAACACUAGUUGCUUACAUCAAUGUGGGUUGUUAUUAUGUUAUUGGGCUUCCUCUGGGAUACCUCCUUGGAUACAAAGCAAAUUGGGGAGUUAAGGGACUUUGGGGUGGCAUGAUACUUGGAAUUGUGCUGCAAUCCUUGAUUCUCUUGUUUAUUCUCUAUAAAACCAAUUGGAGCAAGGAGGUUCAGCAAUCAACUGAACGCGUGAAAAAAUGGGGAGGACAGGAGAUAGCGGCUAACAUAGCUGACAUGACUGAAGAAGAUCAAAUUUAAAACAUGCACUGGGGCAUUUUCUACAUGUUAAAACAUGACUGCAUUAAUUUGUAUUGUACCUUUACAAUGAUGUUGAUGAUGCCACUUUUCUUCCUAUCCAUUCUGCCAA